GAUGAUAUUACUAUUGAAGUUGGUAAUGAUCCUAACGUGAAAAUAUUUAGAGCUCAUAUGGUUAUAUUGAAUUAUCGUUCUCCUUAUUUGCGAAGAAUUUUAUCAACAAAUAAAAAGAAAAAUGAUGAAACUUUGGUACAUAUCAAAUUACCCAAUAUUUCACUUUGGAAGAAUAUGAUAUUUCUGAUAUCUUGGUUACUGCUAGCGAACUAAGCCUUCGGGAAUUGAACAACUAUUUACAAUCCUUCUUGGUUAAAAACAAAGCAAGCUGGAUAGAACAAAAUUUUAAUCUGGUAUAUCAAACAAGUUUUGAAAAUGAUUCUUUCUUGGAGCUUCAAACAUAUUGUAAUAAUCUUAUAUUAAAGAAACCAGAUAAGAUAUUCAAAUCGCUUAAUUUCU